AAAUUCUUAGGCAGCCAGCAAUACACGACAUUCUGUAUGCCCUUGGCUACAUAACCUAUUUCUUUAUUUUCUUCACAAAAAAUGGGGGAAGAAGCAGGCGCCAAGCGGAAACUGUCGGCUUCCAUCUCCAGCGAUGGGGACGAAGACGACUUCCGCAAACUUUUCCAGUUUGAAGAAGAAGCCGAAGAAGGAGAAUCGGAUAGUGAACCAGAAUUUGACUGUGAUAAGUGGGAUAACGACUGUAGAGUCAUCACACUGAAAUCUGCCAAAAGUGUAGCUGGCUACCAUUUAAUGCCCACGUGUAGCAGAGACCCUGAGGAGAACCCCAGCAAAAGAAUCAAAGUGUCGCCGGAAGUUAGGCCACAUUUACUGGACACGAGUUACAAAGACGAAUUUAAAGCCAAUUGGACACGGAAUAAAGAAUUCCAGUUGGAUAACACUGAACUCAUUGUACAGCCGUUUAAAGUUUGUGUUGUCAAUAAUUUCCUCGAAAAUCCCAGUUUUCUGGAUGAGAUAAGGCAAGAAUUUAACGAAAUUGAUUGGAACGUGAGGAGUUUGGACUUGUAUGAGUUCUUCCAAUCGAAAGAUUUGAAACAUUUGACUGACCUCCCAAAUAUCAAUUUAUUGUAUAAACUGCUACAAAGCGAUGUCAUGAACUGGGUCGCCGAAAUCACAGGACUAAAAUUAACCCACAUAUCGGCAACUUGUAGUUUUUACUCGAAUACUGACUACCUAUUGGUUCAUGACGAUCAAAGGGAGGACCGAAUGGUGGCUUUUAUUUUAUACCUGACCGGAAAAAACGGCUGGCUUGAGAAUAAAGGCGGCGCCCUGCAGUUAUUAAACAAAGACAAUGAGGGCCAACCUGCCGAAAUCGCCAGAAAUAUUUAUCCCGCCAAUAACCAGUUUGUGUUCUUCCCCGUCACCAGUGACUCCUACCAUCAGGUGGCCGAGGUCACGUCCCUUGAAGACACGAGACUUAGCAUCAACGGGUGGUUCCACACCGACAAACCCUCAACGUUCACCACCCCCAAGUACAAGCCAUACCCAGACGGGUUAUUUGGCGAGAAGCAAAACCCGCCCAUUGAAUUCGACAGUGAGUUGGCGUUGUGGCUCACUGAGGGGUAUCUGGAGUGCGAUAUAAUCAAGGAAAUUCAGGAAUAUUUCGAGGACCAUUCGGAAAUCUCGCUCAAGAAUUUCUUCAAAGUGGAGCCGUUUAAUGAAUUGAAGUUGAUUUUAACCUCUGAUUUGAGUUGGGUGAGGAUUGGGCCGCCCAAUAGGCAUUGCUACGAAGUUGCGAAAAUUAAGGACUUGCCAGUGGUCCUCGACCGGUUUUUAAUGCUGUUUCAAAGUAAACAAAUGUUUGAUUUGUUGAAGCGGUUCACAGGGAUCGAGUUUAAGGCGAGCUCGACUGUGAAAUUCGAGCUACAAAAGUGGACACACGGCUGCUAUUCUUUGUUGGGCGAUUAUGACUGGUAUGAGAAGAAACAGCUAGACUUGGUGAUGCAUUUUGGUUGCAAAUGCAACAGCGAUGUGAUUGGAGGUAGAAUAAUGUAUGUAACCACGGAUGAAGAAGUACAAGACGCGCUCAUAACCCUAGAACCUGAGGAGAACAACUUGAACAUAAUCUACAGGGACACAGCCAGGUUUACCAAAUAUUUCAGUAAGCAAAGCAAAUGCGACCGCUUCUACACCCUCAUUUGUUCUUAUACGGAAUAAAAGGCGCCAGUUUUUAUUAAACAAUA